UAACGCGUGCGCGCUCCUAACGCAGGCCCCUGAGACGCGGAAGAGAAAGAUGGCGGCGCCGAGCAUCCCCACGCCGUUGUACGGGCACGUUGGUCGCGGAGCUUUCAGUGACGUGUACGAGCCCGCGGAGGACACGUUCCUGCUCCUGGACGCGCUUGAGGCGGCAGCGGCCGAAUUAGCAGGGGUGGAAAUAUGCCUUGAAGUAGGAGCCGGGUCUGGUGUGGUCUCAGCAUUCCUGGCCUCCAUGAUAGGUCCUCGGGCCUUGUACAUGUGCACUGAUAUCAACCCUGAGGCAGCCGCAUGUACCCUGGAGACAGCACGCUGUAACAGGGUCCACAUUCAGCCAGUAAUUACAGAUUUGGUCCAAGGCUUGCUGCCGAGAUUGAAGGGGAAGGUAGACCUGCUGGUGUUCAACCCGCCCUACGUGGUGACUCCGCCCAAAGAGGUAGGAAGUCACGGGAUAGAAGCAGCAUGGGCUGGCGGCAGAAAUGGCCGCGAAGUCAUGGACCGAUUCUUCCCACUGGCUUCAGAGCUCCUCUCCCCAGGAGGGCUCUUCUACCUAGUUACCAUAAAAGAAAACAAUCCAGAAGAAAUUUUGAAAACACUGAAGACAAAAGGCCUGCAAGGGACCACAGCACUUUGCAGGCAAGCAGGCCAAGAAAUCCUGUCAGUCCUCAGGUUCAGCAAGUCCUAGCAUCCUGAAAGCCACUGAAGUAAGCAAGAGCUGCCGAAAGCUCAGCACACUCAGUGGAUUUGAGACUGGUGACAUUCUUUGGACAAGAAACUUUAUCACACAUU